AAGUAACAUAAAUGAAAUAAACCUGAAUUUAGGAGGUUAUAUCCUAACUUCUAUUAAUUGCAAUUCAUUGAGUCCUAGAUUAAAGAUGAUUCCAAAUUGGAAAGAGAUGAGUAUGACAAUUGCAAUUAAAUCAAAAAAUCCAAAAAAAUGUUUUCACAUUUAUAGCUUUUAUUUGAGAAAAUUCACAAACAAAUGUUCCAAGAUUGAUAAAAUUUUAUAUCAAAUGAAUGUAACUUAUGAUGAAAAAGUAUUUGUAAAAUUUGAGAAUCUUACAUUUGGAAAAUAUUGUUUAUCGUAUGAAGCAAUUCAUGAAAACUGUCCAGACACAAAAUGUAUUCCAAUGUAUGAAGUAUUGGAAUUUUUUAAAGAUGAACCUCAGGAUAUAAUAACACCAUUACCAUCCACAAAGGUUUCCACUUCGUUUCCGUAUCUUGUCCCCUUAGUUGUUUCUAUAACUGUUUUGGUUGCUUUGACUGUUGUUUUAGUUUUAAUAUGGAAAAGAAAUAUUCAUUACAAGCUAAUAAUUUAUGUAUCAAAUGCGAUGAAGAAACCAUAUGAAAGAAAUGAUUAUUAUCAGCAAAAGGAAGCACACACUGACGAAGACAAAAGCCUCAAGAAGUUGAUUGUUCCCAUAUUGUAUGCUCAAGAUUGUGAACCUCAGAAUAAAGUAACGGUUGCCUUAUUUAAGUUCAUAAAAGAGUGUUUCCACGUCGAGCCUAUUAUAGAUGUUGAAGAUAUUGCAAAUGUUAAUAAAGGAGAUGUUUCUUGGAUUGAAAAUUUAGUGGAUUAUAAAUGCCCAAAAAUAUCAACAUGCAAGGAAGGGGAAGACAACAAAAGAUUGAUAAUCUUAGAAACUGUAUGCGCACUUAAAUUAUAUCGUUCUUGGAAAAAUCAGCAGAAUUUAUAUUAUAAAGAAUAUAAUGCUCUAAACGAACUCUUCAUACGUGGGCUAGAUCAUCUUUCGAACAUUUAUAUGCAUAAAAGGGACUAUUGUCAUAUAUUUGUUGCCCGUUUCAGUUAUUCCCCGUCCGAAAGAAUGGACAUUGUCGAAACGAAGAGAUUUUUGCUACCGGAUUGUCUCGUAGAAUUAUAUAAUUCCAUACAUAACAAAGAAACUGAUUUUACAGGUCAACAGUCAGAAAUUCUUUUACAAAAAUGGGAGAAGAACGACACGUUCAAGGAUCUGAAACAGGCCAUAAAGGAGAUGGAAGAAUAUGUCGCUACUAACUCAAAUUACGUCGACGAUAUGUUUUUAUCUGAUGUAAAUGAUUUAAAAGACAUGUGUGUUGUCUAACUGCCAUUUAAUAUUUGGUAUAUGUAUCUUAUAGCGUAUUCAAUUCCUAUGCAUUUUCUAUCUUGUGAUCGUUCUGAUUACAGUUCCAGUAUGCAUGUAAAAUGUAAAUAGAAUUCUUGCUUCAAGCUCGUAUUUUUUUAUGAUAUAGAAACAUUUGUUUUACAUAAAAUCUUAAUAUUUUUGUAUUCUAUUCGAAAUACAUUGUAGAUAUCAUACUGUAUAUCAUAAAAUUUUACAUUGCCAUUUCGAUAAUAUAAUUCAUUUAAUAAAUCAUUCUCAUUGAUAGUGAAAGUAACUCUGUGAUACAAAAUAAAUAUAAAUGAUCAGUAUUAAUGAGUGCAAUUUUUUAAAAAUAUGGAAUCCUGAUUAAAGAUAUUUUGGAAA